UAGGUGAGACAGUGGCUACGCUGUCGCCCUGGAUACUCCCUGUAGCUGAAUUUACAGGGUUCAUUGCAGGGUUAUACAAUAUGCAGACAACCUAUUCAGUUAUUAUUACAUUAUGAACGGAAGUAUAGUUUAGUUCGGCACAGAAAAAUAUCAAAAUGGCAAAACGUAAACACGAAAAUAAAGAUCAAGACGAAAGCGCAAAGAAACCAAAGGAAGAUAUAGUUUUGCCACCCGUCAUUAAUUCUAAUGAACCAGUCCAAAGACAGAAAAAAUGGAUCAACAAACAGAGAGUGCUUGUUCUUUCUUCAAGAGGAAUUGGUUACAGAUCACGUCACUUGAUGUUAGAUCUUAGAUCCUUGUUACCUCAUUCUAAACCAGAAUCAAAGAUGGACAAUAAAGAUAAAUUAUUUGUUAUUAAUGAGAUGUGUGAAAUGAAGAAUUGUAAUAAAUGUAUUUAUUUUGAAGGUAAAAAGAAAAUGGAUCUUUAUAUGUGGCUUUCUAAUGUUCCACGAGGACCAUCUGCUAAAUUUCUGGUUGAAAAUGUACACACUAUGUCAGAACUAAAGAUGACAGGAAAUUGUUUGAAGGCUUCUAGACCACUUUUAUCUUUUAGUAAGGAAUUUGAACAGGAAGAACACUGGCAACUGUUAAAGGAAUUAUUUACGCAGAUAUUUAGUGUCCCAAAUCAUCAUCCCAAAAGUCAACCAUUUUUCGAUCAUGUGUUCAAUUUCUCAAUAGUAGACAACAGAAUUUGGUUUCGUAAUUAUCAGAUAUUAGAAGAAGAUGCAUCGUUAGCUGAAAUAGGUCCAAGAUUUGUAUUAAAUCCUAUUAGAAUAUUUGAAGGGAGUUUUGGAGGACCAACAUUGUAUAUUAAUCCUUCUUACACUUCACCAAAUGAGCACCGAAGAAUGUUAAGAAGAAGUGUUGCAGCUAAAUAUCUUAUGAAAGUGGAGUCUAAGAAAGGUCAUGAAUCCAGGAAACCUACGAAUUCAUCAUAUGACUUAGAUCCAACUGAUGAUUUCUUUACUGUUACUCCAGAAGAUGUUGGUUAAAGUUGAACUAAAUCCUGAGAAUAGACAUAUACAAAAAUAAACACUCUUUUCACAUGUUUAUUAAAGACUAAAUACAAUACAGUGAAUAAUGGUAGUGUGGGGCAACAAGUGUAAAUAUGUACAGUGAUCUUUGUGUAUGGUUUAAAGGUCAAGAGUGAGACAGUAAUAUUGGACAAAUACACAUUGGGUAAUAUAUUGAUACACCAUUCAGACUAACACCCUCACACAGUAUCAACAUAUUACACAAUGUCUUGUACAUUAUCUUCAACAUGUGUUAGUCCUUUGAUUAACUUAAAAUAACUUCUAUUGGCACCUUAAUUGUCUGUACCAUUAUUUGAAAUAACAAUACAACUUCAGAAAUAAAAAGGUCAUCUGUAUUUUAAAAAGUAAUAACUAUUAUUAAAUAGUGCAAUCAUCAGACAAA